UAUAUGACUAUAACAUUUCACUACAGGUGUAUUGACACAUGUUUAAGUAUAAAAUGCAGCAGUCUCAUCAAUAUCUAAUGCAUUGUAUAGCUACGAGGAUAGUGUAUAAACAAGGACUACAUUUCCCACCCUCCCUGGUACACCAGUACAGUCGUAUGGAGGUCUCCAGCCGCCUGCAUCUGCGUUCUGCACUUUACACGUAGAGGACAUGUCCUCAGCAUGAUUGUGUACGUUAGGUUUAACUCCAGUCAUGGCUUCCCACUGGAGCUGGAAGAGGGAGCCAGCAUCGCCAAGCUGAAGGAGACGGUGGGCCGUCUGCAGGGCGUCCAGGGGGAGCACCUCAGGGUCAUCUUCGCUGGCCGAGAGCUACGCAGCGACUCCACCCUCCAGGUGAGGGGCCGCCUCUUCCGAUCAUGGUUCACAUUGAAAGGAAGCCAGUGUACGGGCUGAAGAGCGACUGUGUAACCCCCCCCUUCCACUCCACCCUGUUGAACCCCAGUC